AUGUUGACCAAAUUCAUUUUAUUUUCCUUGAUUUCUGUAGCAUUUGCUCAGGACAAUGCCGCGGAUUUAGAGUUCUCUCCCUAUGUUUUUAAGGCUGUAGACAUUCCGUUCAAAAAUGUAAGUGAUCUGUUUCAUAUUCAUAUUCAAAAGUAUUGUAUGCUUUCAGAACAACUACGCAAAAGAUUGGUUCGGAUCUGACGUGGCGCUCGUUCAACAUCCACUUCUAGGUACUUUUCACUAUUUCAAUAUUUCCAUGUCGCCUCAAAAACUUGCAGCCCCCGCAAAGUCUAUCAAGCCCGGAAACCCGGUCGCUCUUCCGACAAUCGCGCCGCUCAUCGUCAAGUGGUCCGAUUUGAACAACGUGAAAGUUAACGAACAAAUCGGACAAAACUUUGAGAAACGUGUCGAUUCGCAUGUGUGGUGGCCCAACAAAUAA